AUGCCAUGUGGGAAGUGCACGAUCACCCUGCAGGAUGUUGCAGUACAGUUGAGGUUGCCAGUGGAUGGGGAGCCUUUGACAGGAUCAUUAAGGUAUAAUUGGAUGCUUAUCUGCAAUGAUUACUUGGGAGUCGUACCGCCUGACAUGAAAGGUCAGCGACUGAGUCUUCCGUGGUUGGUAGAACAGUUCGAAGAAUUGCCACCAGAUGCUGAUAUUGUGAGCGUUCAGAGAUAUGCUCGUGCAUACAUCAUGCAGUUGAUUGGGGGCUUUCUUUUUGCUGAUAAGUCAAACACCCUGGUCCACUGUAUGUUUCUUCAAUUCUUAUUUGAUUUCGACCAGGCUGGUACGUAUGCGUGGGGCGCUACGACCCUCGCAUGGUUAUAUAGGGAACUCUGCCGAGCGAGUAAUGCACAGUCUUUAGAGAUCGUUGGCCCAUUGAUGUUGCUUCAAGUAUGGGCAUACGAUAGAUUCUCCAUUAUAGCUCCACAGAGAACGUUGCAGCAUUCAGAUGGUCAACCUUUGAGUUUCAGAAUCGAAAUCGAGAGGGGAAAAGAAAGGAGAAGCCGAGAUCGUCGUCGCGAUUUCCAUCGCCCUUCCGCCGCCGUCCGUCGUCGCCCUUCCUCGCCGUUGUCCCUCGCCGCCGUCUGCCACUUUAGGUAA